AUGGAAAUACUACCAAAUGAAAUUCUUCUUGAUAUAUUUUCUUAUCUUGAAUGGUUCGAUACGUUAACGUGUUUUUGGUCAUUAAAUAUGCGUUUCAAUUCUCUUGUGUGUUUAGCUCUUUCAACAAAUGAUAAUUUAUUAAAUCCUGGUCUUUUUAUUAAACAAGGUUUAUCUUAUAAUAAAUUUUCUUCAAUAUUAUUUCCAUUGAUUUUAAAUUCAUCAUCUCUUUGUUCGUCUAUUCAACGUAUUUAUUUUGAUGGAACAAACUCAAUAACUUGUGAUCUUAUUUAUGAAUUAUUGUUUAAUGAUAAAAAAAUUCUUCGUUUUCCUAAUCUUAAAUCACUUGUUCUCACUCGAUGUGGAUCAAUUGAAGGAAUAGUUGAAAAUUUAUCUUAUCUUAUUGAACAUCAAUUAGAUGAACUUACAUUAACAUUUGAUGAGCACGUAUUCAACCGAUUUUAUUAUAUAAAAAAACAUUUAUCAAUGGUUUCUGAUAAAGGUAAUCAAUCAUUUAUUUGA